AAAACCUACAAAUCAACGACAAAAGCCACAGAUCAAGGAACUACCAAACAAAAGGAGGCCAGAACCACCAUGGCGGCACGGCGGUGCACAGCGAGAAAGCCGAGUCGGAGCGACGUGGUGUUGGACAACGAGGAGCAGAUGCGAAUCACCGAUCAGAUCAGAGCCCAGUUCGAUUCCAUCGCUCCCAAGCGGCCGAUGAAACCGAGCCGAAGCGAAUCUGAAUCCGAUUCCUCGACGCAAGACCCAUCUGGAAGCACCGCAGAAGAGGCUAUUCCCGAGCUCGAUAAGCUCCGAAAUCUCCAAACCCAAUCUCAUGUCUUAGCCUUGGGAGUUGGGGAUUCGUUGGUGCAGGAGGAGUAUGUGGAGACGGAGUAUUACAAGGAGUUGGAUUCGAUUGAAAAGCGGCAUCAUAAGACGGGGAGUGGGUUCAUACAAGUGGGUAAGGAAGGGGGAGGAAAUGUUGUUCAUACUCGGCUUAUUGAUGCUGCAACUGGUGGGAGGGUUCAUCUUCAUGGCGGCUACAAAGGCAAUCCUGCAACUAAUGAUUGGUUUCCAACAUUUGAUGAUCGUGAUUUGAUCUUCAAAUCCCAGAAGCCCAAUCGAAGCGAAGGUUGCUAGCGAUUCUGUAAGCUCUGGACAUAUAUAUGAGCAUUUAGAAACUGUAUUUCGAAUUCGAUUUUGAGCUUUGAUUUGAUGAUCGAGAAUAAAAGGUAGCCUCAGUUGUAUGGUUG